CAGUACUGUCACUGUCAGUUGUGUGUGAUCAUUUUAGAGCGUUUGGUCACAGGUCUUUCUCCUCCUUUAUUGAGUAGACUGUAGCCUGUUUGUGUCCGUCGCUCAUAAAAUAUUAUAUUAUAACUUUCAACUGAGUAAAACAUUAAUUUAAACAAUGGAUGAAGAAUAUGAUGCGAUUGUGCUUGGCACCGGCUUGAAGGAAUGCAUUUUGAGUGGUAUGUUGUCUGUAUCGGGAAAGAAAGUGUUACACGUCGAUCGAAACAAAUACUACGGCGGCGAAUCCGCUUCAAUUUGUCCUCUUGAAGAAUUAUUUUCCAAAUUUGGAGUACCUGCUCCUGAUGAAUCGUACGGUAGAGGAAGAGAUUGGAAUGUGGAUCUUAUACCAAAGUUUCUUAUGGCAAAUGGUUCCCUAGUGAAACUGCUCAUCCAUACCGGUGUAACGCGUUAUUUAGAAUUCAAAUCUGUUGAAGGAAGUUACGUAUAUAAGGGAGGAAAAAUUUCAAAGGUACCUGUUGAUCAAAAAGAAGCACUUGCUUCUGAUUUGAUGGGCAUGUUUGAAAAGCGUAGAUUCCGUAACUUUUUAAUUUAUGUUCAGGACUUCAAUCCUGAAGAUCCAAAAACUUGGAAAGAUUUUGACCCCUCCACACAAAAUAUGCAAGCACUUUAUGAAAAAUUCGGAUUGGAUAAAAACACUCAAGAUUUUACGGGACAUGCUUUGGCACUACAUCGUGAUGAUGAAUAUUUGCAUAGAACUGCAAACGAAACUAUCAAUCGUAUCAAAUUAUACUCGGAUUCCCUUGCUAGAUAUGGAAAAUCACCAUAUCUGUAUCCAAUGUAUGGUUUGGGUGAAUUGCCGCAAGUCAAGUUGUCAUAUCGUAAAAUUAUAUACAACAAAAGCAGCCUAACCUUGUUUGGUGAUACCUAUUACACAGGCUGA